AACACCAAGGUAGGUUGCCUAGUGAUCCUGAGGAAGCUGAUGUGUUAUUCCCUCUCUGCAACGAAGGAUCAGGAAGUUUGUGCUCGCUACGUGGCUGAGAAGUUUUUCAGCUACUAGUCCCGGGCUGGGGUAAGGGGAAAAGGCGCCCACCAACAAUAGAGUGUGAACUGCAGCCUGCGCCCCACUGCAGCCCAGGAGCAACGCCAGGUGAGGAUGACCACAUUAACUCACCGGACCCGUCGAACUGAAGUAAGUAAGAGCUCUGAAAAGAAAGUAGAAGGUGAGGAAGACACUAAUCAAGAAAGGAGUCCCGAUAAUGAAGACCCUGGGGACGCUAAGGAUAUCCGCCUCACUCUUAUGGAAGAAGUGUUGCUGCUGGGACUGAAAGAUAAAGAGGGCUACACGUCUUUCUGGAAUGAUUGUAUAUCAUCUGGGCUGCGAGGAGGCAUCCUGAUAGAGCUGGCCAUGCGGGGUCGAAUCUAUCUGGAACCUCCCACCAUGCGUAAGAAGCGACUCCUAGACAGAAAGGUCCUGCUAAAGUCAGACAGCCCAACGGGUGAUGUUUUGCUGGAUGAAACUCUCAAACACAUCAAAGCAACUGAGCCAACAGAGACUGUGCAGACAUGGAUAGAGCUGCUCACUGGUGAGACGUGGAACCCCUUCAAAUUACAGUACCAGCUGAGGAAUGUACGAGAGCGAGUCGCCAAGAACCUGGUGGAGAAGGGCAUUCUAACCACAGAGAAGCAGAAUUUCCUGCUGUUCGACAUGACCACUCACCCAGUGACCAAUACGACGGAGAAACAGCGGCUAGUGAAAAAGCUCCAAGACAGUGUGCUAGAGCGGUGGGUGAAUGACCCGCAGCGCAUGGACCGGCGAACGCUGGCACUCCUGGUGCUGGCCCACUCCUCCGACGUGCUGGAGAGCGUCUUCUCCUGUCUGACAGACGAUAAGUACGAUGUGGCGAUGAAUCGAGCCAAGGACCUAGUAGAACUGGACCCUGAAGUGGAGGGGACAAAGCACAGUGCCACAGAGAUGAUCUGGGCCGUGCUGGCAGCCUUCAACAGGUCGUAAAGCCAGCGCACAGGCUCUC